UUUUAGUUUUCUACAUAAACAAUUUGCAUUAAUUAAAAUUAGGGUUAGGAGGUGUGGAUUGAUAAUCAUCUAUGUUUUAUUGAUUUGAUUGAUUUGGCUUUGAUCAGAUCAAUAAAAUUAGGGUUUCGUUUCCUCACUUGUGUUCAUUACCGCCACUACCUAUACAUAUACACAGUUUAUAGCUAUAUCUAUAUAUUCUAUACGUAUUGUUAUUUUUUUAAAGGAAGGAAGGAAGGCAAUUGUGUACGUAUUUUUUAAGAGGUUCAAUUGUCAAUUUCUGGAUCAGAUAUAUAUAUAUAUAUAUAUAAUCAUUAGGGUUUUUGAGAGAUUAAAAUGGAUAAGAAGAAAGUAGCAGUGCCAUUGGUAUGCCAUGGACAUUCACGUCCAGUUGUUGAUUUGUUUUAUAGUCCCAUCACUCCUGAUGGUUUUUUCCUCAUCAGUGCCAGCAAAGAUUCGACGCCUAUGCUUAGAAAUGGAGAAACUGGAGACUGGAUAGGAACUUUUGAAGGACAUAAAGGUGCAGUCUGGAGUUGUUGUCUAGAUACUAAUGCUCUUCGUGCUGCAUCUGCGUCUGCGGAUUUCACAGCGAAGUUGUGGGAUGCGUUAACUGGGGAUGUGCUGCACUCGUUUGACCACAAACAUAUUGUUCGAACGUGUUCCUUUUCUGAGGAUACACAUUUUCUGCUGACUGGCGGGUUUGAGAAGAUACUACGCAUAUUCGAUUUAAAUCGACCAGAGGCGCCUCCAAGAGAAGUUGAGCAUUCUCCAGGCUCAGUCAGGACUGUUGCGUGGCUCCACAGUGACCAAACAAUAUUAAGUUCCUGCUCUGAUUCUGGUGGAGUAAGGCUAUGGGACGUGAGAAGUGGGAAGAUUGUUCAUACCCUUGAAACAAAAUCAUCUGUGACCAGUGCUGAAGUUAGUAAAGAUGGGCGUUAUAUAACCACUGCUGAUGGAUCUUCUGUCAAGUUCUGGGAUGCAAACCAUUUUGGAUUGGUGAAAAGUUAUGAUAUGCCCUGCAAUGUGGAAUCAGCUUCGUUGGAACCAAAAUUUGGUGAUAAGUUUAUUGCUGGAGGGGAAGACAUGUGGAUUCGUUUAUUUGAUUUCAACACUGGUGAAGAAAUUGGGUGCAACAAGGGUCACCAUGGUCCGGUCCAUUGUGUGAGGUUCUCACCUGGAGGUGAAUCAUAUGCAUCUGGGUCGGAAGAUGGAACCAUAAGAAUAUGGCAGACAGGGCCUCUGAAUCCAAAGGAGAAAGAAAGUUCUGUUCCAAAUGGACCAAGCAAGGAGGUGAAGCCCAUAACAGCUGAGGAAAUCGGCACGAAAUUGGAGGAUUUGAAAGUUGGCAGGGAGUAGGGGUGGGCUGUUAACUAGAAAACAUACAGAUAUGUUUGUUCAACUUUUGUGUGGCUAAGUUGUAAGUCUAUGUUGUCACUUCAUCCUUUUAAAAUAAAUAGACACUACUUGGAGUUUUGGCUUAA